AGACCCCAAAACAAUCUUUUCUCACAAUCAAGUCCUUAACUUACACUUAAAUAUUCCCGAAAAUUUGGGAUAUUACAUGAUUGGUGAGACAAUCGGAGAAGUCUUGAUGGUGCACGAGGACACAAAGAAGAAAGCAAUAUUAUGGGAUGGCAGAGUUCUGAUCCUUUGUUCGGAGCCGAGCAAAAUCUCUAAUCAAGUUAAGCUGAAGGUGGGUGAGCAGGUGUAUGAAAUAGAGAUAACUGAAGAGGAAUGGCGAUCUGAUCCGGAUUGGUGGUUAUCGGAGAAUGGCCGGAGAAGCGACAUGGAAACGGAGUCUGAUUUCUCAAACUCGUGGUGUCAGAACGAGGAUCCGGAAAUGGAUAUGGAUGUGAUUGGCGUCGGCGAGGAUGUAAGAAACGGUUCAGAGCAUUUAAUGAAGGAUUUGGUGUCAAAUUCAAAUCUGAAGAUAGUAACGGAAACAGAGAGUUGUUUUCAAAUUGUGCAAGAGACAGAUUUGGAAGGAGAAGUAAGAGGCGGGCUGUCAAAGGAGAUUGGGCCUCAAAGAGUGAGUUGUGAUGGGCCAAUAGAAGACAGCGGGCCGACCAUUAGGAUGGACUGGGGACAAACAAAGGAAAUGAACUUGGAGGAACCCGUUUUAGAUGCACAUAUAGCGUUGGACCCAUCAACAACGCAGAAAUCGGCAAACACAACAAAGGGGAGCAAAAAACAGAGGAUGCUUCAAGAUUGCUACCCAGAGAGCAUGGAGGAGAUCUGGGCAAAAGGAGCACCGGGGAGAGAGAUGAAUAUGCAUGAGGUGCGUCGGAUGAUGGGGGUGGGGAAGAGAUUGGGUCUUAAUUUCGAGAAGAAUGAGGAGGAGAUACAAUCAAGGUUGCUUGAGGCAGUAGAUCGAGAAGGGGCAGAGAGGAGGGACGCGAAAGGGAGGGGCUUGGGUGGGACACUGAAAAAGAAGGAAGUGAGAAGGCUGGUUCAAGAAGAGAAGCCUGAUUUUCUAUUCCUGCAGGAAACAAAGUUAGAAAAUGUGGAUAUAGGUAUCUGUAGACAGCUGUGGAAUUCAGAUGAGGUUGAUUGGGUUGCGAAGGGCUCUUCCGGAGCCUCAGGUGGUUUACUUUGUUUGUGGGAUAGUCGACAAUUUGUUAAGAGAGAGGUUUUUUCUGGUGAUGGUUUCGUGGGUUUGGCAGGGGAAUGGGGAGCAAAUAAAAGGCAAUAUUUUCUAAUUAAUGUCUAUGGUCCAAAUGAUAGACAGAAGAAGGCUAGUUUGUGGGAGGAAUUGAGGAAACUGGUGACAGAAAAGGAAGGGUGUUGGUUGAUAGCAGGAGACUUUAACGCAGUCAGAGGGCCUGAGGAGAGACGAGGUAGAACAGGAGAGAGCCCAGACAUGAAGGACUUCGAUGAGUUCAUUGCGACGACUGAUUUGGUGGAUGUUAAACUGUCAAAUAGAAAUUAUACAUGGUACAAGCCAGAUGGCACAGCAAGGAGUAGAUUGGACAGAUUCCUAUUGAGUAUGGAGAUGAGUAAUACGGAAGGAGAGUGGAUACAACAAGGAUUGCCAAGGAGUAUCUCUGAUCACUGUGCUAUCGUGUUGAAGUCCAGAACAACAGAUUGGGGACCAAAACCCUUUCGGGUUUUGGAUGCAUGGCAACAACAUCCCGAUUUUAAGAAGUUUGUAGAAGAUAAAUGGAGUGAGAUGGAGGUAGAGGGUUUUGCAGGGUAUAAGUGCCAGCAAAAGCUGAAAUUGCUAAAAGGUUUUUUAAAGGGCUGGAACAAGGAAGUCUUUGGGAACAUGGAAGCUCAAUAUGAACAAGCUGUAAAAAAGAUUGAGCAAGUUGAUAUGCAGAAUGAGAUUUCUGAUCUAGAAGAGGCUGAGAUUGUGAAAAGACAAGAAGGUUUUUCAGAGAUGUGGGAUGUUUUGAGGAAAAAAGAACUGAUAUGGAAGCAGAAGUCAAGGAGUAUGUGGGUGCAGGAGGGAGAUGCAAAUACCCGCUUUUUCCAUAGAGUUGCAAAAGGUAGAAGAGCACAAAACAACAUUGCGGGAUUAAUGUGUGAUGGAGCAUGGAUUGAUGAUCCAGAGUUAGUAAAAAAUGAGAUAGUCAGAUAUUUUAGAAGCUUGUUUCAAGGAGAGUCAUGGAAUAGGCCCAAACCUGGGGAUAUUAAAUUCCAGCAGUUAUCCGAGGAGAAAAAGGAUUGGCUGGAAAGACCAUUUUCAGUUGAAGAAAUUGAGGAAGGCUUAAGGAGCUGUGAAGGUUCAAAGGCACCAGGACCUGAUGGUUACAACUUCAACUUCCUUAAAUAUGCGUGGCACUCGAAGGUGCUGGCUAAUAGAUUGAAGUCCGUGAUAUCAGAAAUAAUAAGUGAAACGCAAUCUGCCUUUGUGGGGGGCCGUCAGUUGGUGGAUAGCGUCCUGGUGCUGAAUGAAGUUGUGGAUGAGAUUAAGAUAAAGAAACAGCCAGCUUUUGUUUUUAAAGCAGACUUCGAAAAGGCUUAUGACUACGUAGACUGGUCCUCUUUGGAUUGGAUGAUGGAGAGUUUUGGAUUUGGAUUGAAGUGGAGAGGUUGGAUUAUGGAAUGCCUUUCAACGGCGAGAAUCUCGGUUCUGGUAAAUGGAAGCCCGACGAAGGAAUUUGAGGUGGGUAAAGGCUUGAGACAAGGUGACCCUCUAUCUCCUUUUCUCUUUUUGAUGAUCGUUGAGGGGUUACAAGGUCUGGUUCAGAGAGCUAUUAAAGAGGAAAUGAUGCAUGGGAUUGAGAUGGGAAAGAAAGGUCUGUCUGUGUCGUUGCUCCAGUUUGCUGAUGAUACAGUUAUUAUGGGCAGAGCGAAUACUGAGAAUAUACGUACGGUGAAGGACAUCCUAAAAUGGUUCGAGCUUAUGUCGGGAUUGAGAAUCAAUUUCAGCAAGAGCAGUAUUUUUGGUUAUAAUGUGUCGGAGAAAUGGCUAAAAGGAUCAGCGGGUAUAUUACACUGCAGAGUUGGCCGACCACCUUUUCUUUAUCUGGGAUUGCCCGUUGAUAGUAAAUCUGGGAACAAGAAAUCAUGGGAGAUGGUAGUAAAUAAAUUCCGUACCAAACUCGCUGUCUGGAAAGCCGCUACUCUUUCUUUUGGAGGCCGCCUCAUCCUGCUAAACUCGGUACUCUCUACACUUCCUAUUUUUUAUAUGUCUCUAUAUUCAUUGCCUAAAUCUGUGCUUGUGGAGUUGACUAGAAUCCAAAGGAGCUUCUUAUGGGGCGGGGCAGAAUUAAAUAAGAAAAUCUCUUGGGUUAAAUGGGAACAUGUAUGUCAAGCGAAGGCUAAGGGGGGUCUUGGGGUGCCUGAUUUACAAAGAAAAAACUGGGCAAUGUUAGGAAAAUGGUGGUAUAGGUUAGGUGACGGGGUAGAGAGCUUAUGGAAAAGGGUGGUGAGGGAGAAAUAUUAUGGAGGUAGGAGGGAGGUCGAUAUUACUUCGGUUGAGCGUUUCAAGGUGUCAAAGAUUUGGAGGGACAUUAUUAGGAUAGGGGGCCUCUCCCUCAAUCUUAGAAAUAUGUUGGUUGAGGGUUUCAAGUGGGAAGUGGGAGAAGGUAAUAAAGUGGUUUUUUGGUCGGAAAGGUGGAUGGGUGUAAAAAGUCUUAGAGAUUUAUUUCCAAGGCUAUUUGCACUAUCUGUAAAGAAGGAAGGAAAGGUUUCCGAAAUGGGGUCUUGGGAAGAGGGGAAAUGGAGAUGGCAGCUGGAGUGGAGGAGGGGUACAUUAGGGCGAGAGAAAGAUGAGGAGGAGAUGUUGGAGAAGAUGCUGGAGGGUGUCAACCUAAAGGAGGGGGCAGGGGAUGUUUGGAAGUGGAUUCAUGGGUUGGAUGGCAAAUAUGGGGUGAAGAUAGCGUAUGAUUUUUUAGCUUCUUCGGAGACUGUUUUGGAGAAUCAGUUAUGCAAAUUAAUAGGGUGCAGAUUGGUGCCAUCCAAAGUGGCUUUUUUUGGGUGGCGAUUGUGCUUAGAUAGACUCCCAACAAAGGAAAACUUGCAAAAACGUGGGAUAUUACUACACGAGGGGGUUCUUUGUGAAUUUUGUAAUGGGAAGGAGGAGAAAGUUAACCACUUAUUUUGUUUAUGUUAUAAUGCAUGGUUAGCUUGGACUCAGGUGUUGAGUUGGUGGGGAUUGAAGUCUGUUUUGCCUAACACUGUAGGGGGCAUGGCAGAGUUUUUCAUUAGUAGUUUAGGAAGCAUAAUUGGAAAGGAGAUGGGUUCUUGUAUUUUCCUAGUAGGUGCUUGGUAUUUAUGGUAUAGACGGAAUGCCCAAGUGUUUCGAAAAGAAGAAGGUAUACCAGAAAACCUGCUGGAAAGGAUGCAAGUUAAAACAUUUAUAUGGAUAAAAUCCAAAGUAAAAGGCUGCGUUUUUUCUUUUCACGACUGGCAAUCAUGUCCAAUGGAGUGUGCUAAGGCUGUCAAAAAUCAUAAAAGGCUGAGGAAGCAGUUCUAUAAAGAUCGCGUGCCCUCUAGUGGAUAGAUAGGCGGGGAUGUUUUGUCUUCAGUUGUGGAGCAUUUGAACACCUGACGCUUUAUGCUUGUGAUUUGUAAGCUUUGUCUAUUUUUUGUAUUUGGACACUUGCUCUCUACUGCUGUGGGUUCCUUUUUGUAUAUGGGCAGAAGCACCCCUUGUGCUUCAUUAAAUUAAAUUCCUUUUU